CCUGAGGAGAUUCACCUUAAGACUUUGAAGGUGAUGAUUAUCUAGAAGAGGAGGAAGAGGCCCCAGCUUCCCUCAGCUUCCCUCUCUUUCCCAGAGACUUGAAAUACUCUCCUCUGCCUCAGUGUGUGUUUAUAGUAAGGUUGGCUGAGGUGAGGCUUUACUGAGGUGUGUAUUGAGUUUAGUCCCCUCGGUAAGGUGCACAGGAAAGGCUCUUCAGGAGAUGAAGAGAAGGAAGGUAAGGACAGAACGCUAGGUCGGAGCGGAGAAAAUAAGCACUGUGCUGCUUGUCCUCUUUAUGUCUCUGUAAAGACUCUAAAGAAAGGUUAGAGAAGGAGGGAGGGAGUCUCUAGUGGUAGGGCCCAGCCCCGUAGUCACCAGCAACACUGGAAGAACAGCAGCCAGAGAACCUAGAAGGUGGGUAAGAAGAGGACCACAGAAAGAGAGGAGAGACGGGGACUGAAGGAGAACCAGAGGGUCGGAGGAGGAGAGGACGGGGAGCAGGAGGAGGCGCAUCCCCAUGGCGACGGACCCUGGAGAACCCACGGGGACAGAGGACUCCUCAGAGAAACCUGAUGGAGCACGGGAGGAGGAGACGGAGCAGGAGCAGGAGAGCGGCAGGAGGGAAAGGACGCACAGCACCCCCUCUGACUUCCCCUCCUCCCAGACCCAAGAGAGGAGAGCCGCCGAGGGAAGGGAGACAGGAGAAGGACCAAGAGGAGGCGGAAGCAGAGGAGGGCGAGGAGAGAUGGAGGACACAGACGUUAAGGAAGAGGAGAUUCCUCCGUUUAGACCUAUGUCUCUCUCCACACCCUCAUCCACGGCUGCGACCGUGGUGGCUUCAGGGUCAGGAGGUCACGGACCAAGGCUGAGGAGAGAGAAGCGUUUCUUCAGGAAGAGUGUGGAGAUCUGCGAGGAGGAGGACGAGGUGGCGGCAGACCCCGCAGCGGUCUCCCACUCCGCCCCCCACCUGGACUCAGUCUUCACCCUCAGCGGGGCCCAGGCCCCUACCGCCACCGCCGCCUCAGUUUCCGCAGCCCUGGGACAUGACACGGCUCACAACGACCCAUCCAGCCCCAGCACCACCCAGGACGCCGGGGCCAAGGACACCCCCUCCUCCACCCCUGCCCAGACGGGGAAGGAGAGGGACAGGGAGCAGGAGGAGGAGGCAGAGAUGAAGGCCGUGGCCACCUCGCCGGGGGGGAGGUUUCUGAAGUUUGACAUUGAGCUGGGGAGGGGAGCCUUUAAGACCGUUUACAAAGGCCUGGACACUGAGACCUGGGUGGAGGUGGCCUGGUGCGAACUACAGGACCGUAAGCUGACCAAGGCGGAGCAGCAGCGUUUUAAGGAGGAGGCAGAGAUGCUGAAGGGGCUCCAGCAUCCUAACAUCGUCCGUUUCUAUGACUCCUGGGAGUCAGUGCUGCGAGGGAAGAAGUGCAUCGUCCUGGUCACCGAACUCAUGACCUCGGGGACACUCAAAACGUAUCUGAAGCGCUUCAAGGUGAUGAAGCCUAAGGUCCUGAGGAGCUGGUGUCGUCAGAUCCUGAAGGGCCUCCAGUUCCUCCACACCCGGACCCCUCCCAUCAUUCACAGGGACCUGAAGUGUGACAACAUCUUCAUCACCGGCCCCACCGGCUCCGUCAAGAUUGGAGACCUGGGACUGGCCACUCUCAUGAGGACCUCCUUUGCUAAGAGUGUCAUAGGUACUCCUGAGUUCAUGGCUCCAGAGAUGUACGAGGAGCAUUAUGACGAGUCAGUGGACGUCUAUGCCUUUGGGAUGUGCAUGUUGGAGAUGGCCACCUCAGAAUACCCCUACUCAGAGUGCCAGAAUGCUGCGCAGAUCUACCGUAAAGUCACCAGCGGUAUAAAACCAGCCAGCUUCGAUAAAGUUAACGACCCAGAGAUUAAAGAGAUCAUCGAGUGCUGCAUCCGCCAGGACAAGAGUCAGAGGCUGUCCAUCCGGGACCUGUUGACCCACGCCUUCUUCGGGGAAGAGACGGGGGUGCGCGUGGAGCUGGCGGAGGAGGACACAGGGUAUCAGGAGUGUCUGGCCCUCAGGAUCUGGGUGGAAGAUCCCAAGAAGCUGAAGGGCAAACACAAAGACAACGAGGCCAUUGAGUUCAGUUAUGACCUGGAGAAUGACAGCGCAGAAGAGGUGGCUCUGGAGAUGGUGAAGUCGGGCUUCUUCCAUGAGAGCGAUGCUAAAGUGGUGGGAAAAUCCAUCCGCGACCGUGUCACGCUCAUCAAGAAGUCCCGUGAGAGACGCCAGCAGCAGCUGCUCCAACAGCAGCAAGGCUUUAAUGAGAGGCGGGACUCCACCCUCACCUCCUCCUACACCUGCUCUUACUCCUCCUGCACCUCCUCUCUGGGGCCUGGGGUGGCUGGGCUGACAGGGGGAGGCAGGGGGCAGGGGGAGGCUGAGGAGAUACCAGAGGUAGAUCAGCAUGUGAGACAACAGCAGCAGAUCCACAGUGGGAAUCCUCUGAGCCUGCCCACAGGAGGGGAGAGCAUUGGCUCAGCCAGCUGUCAGUCCUAUGCCAGUGGCCAGAUCCAGGCGUACCCUCAGCAAGGGGAGUCCUACGUGCUCUCUCAACCCAACCUCCCUGCUGCUGCCUCGGCCAUUUUGGCCCACCCCAACAUUUUCCCGAUUGGUCAGGGUGGAGGAGUUCCGAAUGUGCCUAUUGGUCAGAGUGGUGGGAUUUCCGGCAUGUCCAUUGUCCAAAGUGGUAGUGGGGCUCCUGAUGGUCAGCAGACUUAUGUUCAGCCUGUUGCCAUGCCAACGCAGGUCUCACCAGGUGUACCACAGCAGUAUUCUCAGUCAUACCACUCAGAUGGGUCACAGAUUGCACAAAUGGCCCCUUCCCAGUCCUACGCACCCCCAGUCUCCCCCCAAGCCCAGCUCAAAAUACUCACAGCUCCCAUGUUAGCGGGGGACCCAACAGGACGAGUGGGGGCCAUGGUCCCUCUCCCACAACAGACCCAGGCCAACGUCACUCCCAACGUCAUCCAGAUGACACCCCAGCCUUUAACCCAGCAAGCACUGCCUGACAUGAUCCCCCAGCAGCAGACCAUUGUUCAGCAACAACAACAACAACAGAAACUGAUGGAGCCACAACAGCAGCAGCAAAUGGAGGCUCAACAAGCUGCCUCGCUUCAGCAGCAGCAUCAACAACAACAACAACAACAGGCCAAUGUAAUUCCCCAGAACCAGGCAGUACUGAUACAGCAACAGAUGGAACAACAACAACAACAACAACAACAGCAGCAGCAACAGCAGCAAACUACUGAGCCGCAGCAGCAAGUGCAGCAAGUGUAUGUGCAGCAAGCUUUGGUUCAGCAGCAGGCCUCACUACAACAACAACAAUCAAUGGACCAACAACAGCAGCAGCAGGCAUUACUACAACAACAACAACAACAACAACAACAACAACAACAAUCAAUGGAACAACAGCAGCAGCAGCAACAACAACAACAGGUGUUGUCAUUGCAGCAACAGCAAGUGGAUCAAAGCCAAGCCUAUGCGCAACCACCGCAAAUUGACGUACAACAGCAGCAACAACUGCAGCAGCAGCAACAGCAGCAAACAUUGUUACUACACCAACAACACCAGAUAGAACAUCAGCAACAACAACAAGCAAUGUUACUAGAACAACAACAGCAAGUGUACAUACAACAGCAGCUUGAGCAACAGCAGCAACAGGCUUUGCUACAACAGCAACAACAGGCGCAACUACAACAACACCAACUGGAGCAGCAGCAAGCGCUGUUACAACAGCAGAUAUUUGAGCAACAGCAGCAGCAAGCGAUGUUACAGCAGCAGCAACAAGAGCAGCAGCAACAGCAAGCCUUAAAGCAACAGCAACAACAGGCGCAACUACAACAGCACCAGCUAGAGCAACAGCAAGCGCUCCUACAGCAACAACAGCAACAACAACAACAACUGGAGGCUCACCAAGUGAGCCAGAUACAACAACCGCAAAUGGAUUUACAGCAGCUGCAACAACAACAGCAAGCUGUGCUGAAACAACCGACCCAACUACAACAACAGGCGGUCGUCAGUCAUCCAGUCAACCCACAGCACCAGCAAGCUGUGCUUCAGCAACAGUUGGAACAACAGCAAGCCAUGCUGCAACAGCAACAGCUUCAACAGCAACAAGUGAUUUUACAGAAGCAGCAAUUGGAGCAACAACAGCAGCAAGCUCUGUUACAACAACAGAUUGAACAACAACGGCAACAGCAGGCAUUGCUACUGCAACAACAAGCGGAGAGAAUGCACCAACAGGCUUUGCUACAACAGCAGCAACAGAUUCAACAACAGCAAGAGACUGGGCAACCGCGGCAGCACCAGCAAACUGCCAUAAUUCAAUUACAACAAAGCGAGAAACAAGAGACCGCUUUGAUUCAGCAACAAUGUGACCAGCUGCAAGCGUUGAUUCAACAGCAACAGAUUGAUGUAUGUACGUUGCAACAACAACAACAACAAAACGCUGCUUCGUUUCCACCUAGUCACACUAGCCUAACCCAGCAGCAACUGACAGAACAACAGCAAGUGGUGCUGAUACAACAACAAAAACAACAACAACAACAGCAGCAUCAACAAAAACAAGCUAUCUUACUGGAGCAACAACAACAAGCGUACGUUGCCCAGCAACAACAGCAGCACCAUCAGAGCUCUGUCAUUGAACGUCAGCCUCAGAUCCCCCUUAUAGCCCCAGCCGUACCAGCAGCAGAGGUUAUACAGGCCAUUCAGGUCCAAGCUCAGAUGGCCACCCAGGGUCAGGGUCAGGAGGUGAUACCUGUAGCCAUUCAGCCACAGAUUCCCCGCCAGGCCCAGAUUCAAGCUCGGAAUGAAGCUCACCCUCAGAGCCAGGGCAGUGUCUCAGUCCCAGUACUCCAAGCCCAGCCCCAGCCUCCACACCAAGCCCAGCCCCAGAUGAUCGAGGUCCAGAUUCCAUCUCACAUGGUGGCCCCGAUCCAGGCACCAAGUCCUCCAAUCCCUAUCCAGCCCCAGGUUCCUCUAGUACAGGCUCCCCAUCAGAUGCCAUCUCUAAUACAGGCCCAGGCACCAGAGCAGUCAGUCAUCCAGCAGACUCCCCAGCCUCUGCAUCCAACCCAGGCCCUGACUCAGACUCAGAUUCCAGACGUUCUUGAGACUCAGAUGAUGCCUCGUAUGCAGCAGAGCACAGCUCUGGUCCAACCCCAACCUCCAGUCUCAAUACCCCCCAUGCAAGGCCAGGUCCAGCCUCAACCCCAGCACCAGUCUCUAGUGCAGCCCAGUGUUCAACUUCCAGGGGUGGUGCAGCCUCAACCCCAGCACCAGUCUCUAGUGCAGCCCAGUGUUCAACUUCCAGGGGUGGUCCAGCCUCAACCCCAGCACCAGUCUCUAGUGCAGCCCAGUGUUCAACUUCCAGGGGUGGUGCAGCCUCAACCCCAGCACCAGUCUCUAGUGCAGCCCAGUGUUCAACUUCCAGGGGUGGUCCAGCCUCAACCCCAGCACCAGUCUCUAGUGCAGCCCAGUGUUCAACUUCCAGGGGUGGUGCAGCCUCAACCCCAGCACCAGGCUCCGGCCGGCCUACUGGCACCGCAGUAUGUCACUGCACUUCAGCCCACCCAACAGCAAGCCAUGCAGCCAGUCCAGCAGCAACAACAGGACAUCACUCAACAAGUAACACAACAACAACAGCAACAACAACAACAGCAACAGCAGAUACUGAUGGAGCAACAACAGUCCAUGCUGCAGUACCAGCAGAUAAUGCUGUCCCCUGGAUCUGUUGGUGUUGGAACUGUCAUGGCAGCCCCUGCAGCCAAGGCCAUAGACCCUACCACAUUGGUCUCUGCUUCGCCCCAACACAUACAACAACAGACUGGACAAGCUCCAGCCCAAGCCCCAGCCCCAGCUCCAUCCCCAGCUCCGGCCCCCAUCCAGCUGGCUCUGCAGUCCCUUCCCCCUCAGCAGCAGCAAGUCUUAAUUCCCCCUCUCAACCCAAGUCAACUGGCUUCUCAGCCUCCUCAGAUCCCCCCACAUCUGUUGCCCCAGCAGCCCACUGUUAACCCAGCACAGAUUGCAGCCUCCAGUAACUUGCCCCAGCCCCAGCUCGGGACUCAGACUAGAGCCCUACCCCUCUACAGUCAGGUAGUAGCAGGAGCAGGAGGUCCUCCACCAUCCCCCCAGCACCAGGCUCAGCUGACGCAGCCGCUACCCGCCCACACACACACCCAGACGGCCAUGCAAGCUCUCGCAAACACUCCAACCCAGACACUGGCCCAGACGCAGGUCCACACCGAGACCCAGCUCGCUGAGGCCGCAUCGGUGGCUGCCACCACGGAGCAACAGCACCCUCUGAAUCCCCCCCAGGCUACUUCCCUUCCUCUUCCACACAUGCCCCCCAGCCCCUCUCAUACAGCACCACGCCCUGCCUCCCUGCCACCCCUCCAUCCUGCUACCCCUGGCCCAGAGACCCAGCCCACCCCACCAGAGAGUCAGCUAACCCUGCCUGGCCUGGCUGACGAACCCACUUCUCCCCCGCCUGUUGCCGCCACUGCUGCCCAGCCCCUUGACUCUAACGCCCCCUUGCUGCUGCCCCCAACCUCGCUCCAAGACUGUGACCCUGCUCUGCUGAGCCUUGCUCAGGAGAGUCCAAACCAGUCUGGCACAGAGAGACACUCCACUUCAGGCUCUGUUCCAGCCAAUGGGGAUGGGGAUUUACAGAUGUUGGCCAAUGGGAAACUAGAGAGGGUGAAGUCUCAGAGGAGAUUGUCCUAUCGGGGGCCGGAUAAAGGAUCACAUGCAUUUCAACUGAGCAUGAUUCAGGUGUCCGGCUCUGGGGACAACAUGGUGGAGUGUCAGCUGGAAACCCACAGCAACAAGAUGGUCACCUUCAAGUUCGACACUGACGGAGACGCACCUGAAGACAUCGCAGAUUACAUGGUGGAGGAGGAUUUUGUCCGUGAGUCAGAGAAAGAGACAUUUGUGGAAGAUCUGAGGUCCAUUGUCAAGAGAGCUCAGGAAAUUCUCCUCACACAUCAACAGACUGGGUCUAUGGAACAGCUGUAUGUGAGCACUCCAACAGGCACAGCAAUGGACGGGACGCCUCAGUCGUCUCCGGUGGGCAGAUGGAGGUUCUUCAUCAACCAGACGAUCAGACACAGAGACUCCACAUCCAACCAGGGAGGAGCAUCCACCCCUCCACCUCUCUCGACCGGAGAGGUCAGGGUGCCCCAGUCUACAGACACUGACCGAGAGGGGGACGGAGGAUCCCAGAGAUUGGACUCCUCCUUUGCUGAAAUGGUCUCCUCUCCUCCUCUCUGCCCCACUUCCACCCUGUGUGCCCUGACCCCUGCUUCCACCUGCAUCUCCACCGUUUCUACCCCUGCCUCCAUGUCUGCCCCCCCAGCCACUGCUGCCCCCGCUCCUGACACGACUGCCUCUGCUGCCUCUGACAGUAGUGUUUCUGACCCGGCUUCUACUAGUGCAGUUGUUGCCUCAGUCCUACACCCAGUCCCCGCUGCCUCAGCUGGCCUAGGCCCAGACCUGCAGGCUUCCAUCGACCAAACUUCCAGUUCCACCACAGCAACAUCCUCCAUUCCAACCCAUGUCCCAAAUACCGCUACCAACCUCCCAGUCCCAACCAUGGUAGCCGCUUCUACCACCAUUGAUCCCUCUACCACAGCCUGUCUAACUGAAGCUCUGACCUCCCCAGCUAGUAGUGGCAGCUCCAUGGUGAGCCAGGGCCAAGGCCCAAGCCUAGGGGAUGUAGUAGCAGUGGCAGCCCCAGGGCAGUGUGUGUCUGCAGGGGACCACUCAUCCACCGGCUCCAUCCAGCCUCCAGUGGCUGUGUCUGCAGCCGUGGCCUCUCCUCCUGUUAGCCAUGCAGGUCUGAAGCAGCAGCAACACACUCAACCUCUGAUUCAGUGCAUGCCAGCCCAGCCUCAGGCUCCACCUCAAGCUCAGGUCCAGUUACAACAGCAGCUCCAGACAAUGCAACAGGUACAGCAGCAGCAACAGCUCCUAGAACAGCAACAACAACAACACCUGCAGGCUGUGCAACUCCAACAGGUACAGCAACAACAGCAAGUGUACCAAGAGCAGAUACAACUGCAACAGCAGCAGCAGCAACAAGCGUUGCAAAAAUCUAUUGAACAGUUGCAGAUGCUGCAACAGCAACAACUACAGCCACAACAACAGCAGCAGCAGUCUGAGCUACAUUUGCAGCCCCAGCUCAGUCAGACAAAGCCGUUACAACAACAGUGUAUGUCCCUGCAACCACAGACAGAUAUGUUGCCACUGGCACUACAACAACAGAUACAGCAACUGCCUGUCCAAAUGCAGAACACAGAGUUACACAUGCAACAGCCACAGCUACACCAGUUACCCCCACCACAACAACAACAACAACAGCCACAGCUACACCAGUUACCACCACCACAACAACAACAGCCACAGCUACACCAGUUACCACCACAACAACAACAACAGCCACAGCUACACCAGUUACCACAACAACAGCCACAGCCACAGCUACACCAGUUACCACAACAACAACAACAGCCACAGCUACACCAGUUACCUCCACCACAACAACAACAACAACAGCCACAGCUACACCAACAACAACAACAGCCACAGCUACACCAGUUACCACAACAACAACAGCCACAGCUACACCAGUUACCACCACAACAACAACAACAGCAUCAGCAACAGUUAGGUCUGGAACAGGCACUACAUAUUCAGCAGCAACAGCAAAUGCUCCAACAACAACAACAACAACAACAACAACAGCAGUCUUUUAUGGCUGUAACAGCCAUACAGGGAGAUGUGUUACAGCAGCAACAUGCGCUGCUAGCCCAGUCAGUGAACCAACAGUAUGUCCAACAACAACCAGUACAGCUACUAAACAUGGCACUGGUACAACCACAGCAAGCUUCUCAACAACAACAACAACAACAACUCACGCACAGACUCCCUCUAGAACAGACACAACACCAACUAGUACAGUCACAACAGCUGCUAGAGCAACAACAACAACAACAAGAGGUUAACCCUCAGCAGAAGCAGCAGGAGCCCCAGCAGGCUCCUCUCCAGGACCAGCCGUUGUUCCAACAGUCAGAGUGGGAGCUGUCUACAUGGGAGGCCAUUGUGACCGAGGAUAAAGUCAGUCACUCUGCCCCUCUACACCCCUCCUCAGACUCCUCUCUGCCCCUCAACAUUAACACAACCUCUGAUGCCCCCCUACCGCCUCUCUCCCUCACCCUGACACCCUCCCCGGUCCAGCCAUCCUCUGUGGCUGAGUCGGACAGCGAGGGCCCUCCCAAAAUUGAGUUUGUAGACAACCGCAUUAAGACUCUGGAUGAAAAGCUGAGGAACUUGUUGUAUCAGGAGUAUAGUAGUGGGGCAGGUGUGACGGGGGGAGCUGCUGUGGUUUCUACUAUAGGUCCCACCUCAGUGUCAGCAGCCUCCACAUCGGCAGGAGGGGACGAAUCCUCGGAGCCGCACUCGCUCCAUCCCUCCUCCUUCCCUCCUCCUGCGUCCUCCUCAUCAGACACCUCUCCUCAUUCCUCCUCCUCCACCACCUCCUCCACCACCUCCCGCUCCUCCUCCCCCUCUCCUGACCUGGAGAGGGGGAGAGGAGUGGGGGAGGAGGCUCCUCCAACAGGCCCGGUGGAGCAGCAGCCCACCCCGUCGCUCUCCUCCGCCUCCCCCCCUUCCUCCCUCCUGGCCCCCCUACACGGAGACUCUGCCGGGCCCCCGCCUAUCCCUGGAGAACCCACCGUUCUUGCUGCCCCCUCUCACUCUGACACCAGUACCCCAGGAGAAGUCACUACGUGGCCCCCCAAUCUGCACCCCAUCCCCCUGGGCCCUGGACCACUGCCGCAGCAUAAUGCAGGAGGUGGAUAUUUUGGCCUAAACCUGACAUGUCCUAGUAUCAGAAAUCCCGUUAGCAAGAAAUCCUGGACUCGCAAAUUCAAAAGCUGGGCGUGCAAACUGCGCCACUCCGCCAGCUUGUUCAAGAAGCCCAGAGUCAAGCAAGAUGGUCACUGUAGAGGCAGCCAGGCAGUCAGAGAGGGAGCUUCCUCCAACCCUACCCACUCACUCAAGGGACGAUUUCGGGUCACCACAGUGCCCCAGCUCCCUGAGGCCUCUCCCCCCAAAGAGGCAGCCUCCGGUAUAGGCAGCAGUCACAGGAAAGUGGGGCGCUUCUCUGUCACCCAGAUGGACGCCCAGAAAGAGGAGAAAGAGCUAACGGACAGCUCCCCUGUGUCUCCUGACCUGGAGAGAGAGAGGAGGAGGGCCCGAGGGAAGGAGGGAGAGGAGGGGAAGAGGAACCCAGCACUGAGCCACCCACCACGAGGACAUUGGCAUGGUCACUCACCCCUAGGCAGUAGUGAUGAUGAGGAGAGUGAAAUGGGGGAUGAAGACCUGAGGAAGGAGCUGCACAAGCUGAGAGAGAAACACAUCAAGGAGGUGGUGUCCCUGCAGGCUCAGCAGAACACAGAGCUCCAGGAGCUGUACAGACAGCUCCGCUCCCUCAAAGACCACCGGCCGACCCUGCCUCUGCCCCGCACCCCAACCCUCCCCUUGGGACUGCCAGCCCUCUCCCCCCGCAGGCCUCGCCCAGCCAAAGCCAAGCUCCGGCCCAGACCCCACUCCCACAUGGACAACAAUGGAGUCACUGGUCAACCCGGUAUCCAGCAGUCCAGUAGUUUUUCAGGGGGAGAACAGAGCAGACUACCACCGUACUGCAACCCAGAACACACCACCCUACUGACUACUAAAAGAGACCACAGUCCUCCCUCCCAGGGUGCCAGGAAGAGCAUGUUCACAGAUGACUUGCACAGACUGGUUGAUGAUUGGACGAAGGAGACAGUGGGUCCAACCCAUCCCAAGCCCUCGCUCAAUCAGAUCAAGCAGAUUCAGCAGGUGCAGGAGUUGAGAGGUUGGCCACAGCCCACAGAGGUGGCUCCUCCGGGUUGGUUCCCUGUGGCACCACUGAACCCCCAGGCCUCCCCAGCCCCAUCCAACCUCACUGCUCCAGCCCCAGCUCAGUACACUGCUGGGGGGAGCCUGAGCCAGUGGAGCGGAGUGGGGGGGGCACCAGGACCACAACAACAACAACAACAACAAGCGCACAUGCCUCCAGUCCCACAGCUGCAGCAAAGUUUACAUCUCCAGCAAGCCCAGCCUCCUCACCCGUUAAAGAUAAAGCCCUUUCAGCAAUCACCUCUACGCACACAACAACAGCCCCUAAUCCAGACUCCACUACUGACUCAGUCCCCGGCUCCUGUACAGCCACAGACUGAGCAACAACAGAUACCCCAGCAGCCCAAUGUAGGUGUAGGAGCCCCACCACACAAUCAGAAUCAACCUCUGUUGCCUUCCCAGAUGCCCCAGAUGGCCCCGUCGUCUCAGCUGACCCUAGCCCAACCUGGGUGUCUGAUUCCUGGGUCUAGCACAACCACGGUGGUGGGGACCAUAGACAGUGGACCUGCUGCUGCUGUCACUGCCACCGGUGGCCCAGGAGGGACAUUCUGCUCCUCCUCCUACUACUCUGCUGCUGCUCUUCCUUCCAGUGCCAACCUUCACCCCACGCCCCCAACCUCAACUCUUCCUUUGGGACAGCAGUGAAAAUAAGAAAAUAAAAGAGGGGAAGAGUGAGGUCGGUCAUGAUGGAACGAGGGAAGGAGACAAAAGAUGGCGAGAUGAUGGAUGAGUAAAACCCAUAUGGAGAGUUUGAGAGUGCAUAUGUUAUGAGAGGUAAUGUCUGAGAAUGAGAAAAUGGAUGCCAGUGAGUUUGUAAAGAUGAGAUGGGGAGUGAAUGUGAGAGAUGGUUGAGUCUAUGUAGAGUAUGUACAGAGGGGAAAUGUGGAACUCUGGGGGGGUCAUAAUAGUGUUGUGUUUGAGUGUUGAGAUGUACAAACUUACGUAACGUGUGUGUGUGUAUUUGUGUGUGUGUGUGUGUGUUUGUGUUGCCAUUGAUUUUCUCUUCAUAUCCCUUGUGUGUUUUGACACCAAGUAACGGUCAUGUUAUUUUAAAAAUCCAACUAAGUUGGACCCUGAACUCUUCUCCCAAGCAGAGACAUGAAGGAACACAAACAUUCUGACAUUAUUAUUAUAUAUUUUUGUUUUUAUUUGUCAAUGAUUACUUAUAUUGAAAAGGACUAUGGAUUUUAGAAGUGCAAUUACUAACUGUCAUCUAAAUGUUAUCAUUCUGUAUUGUCGUGAUUUGUCUGUAAGGCAUUUAACGAAAUAUUUUUGACAACAAUCAACCAGACAUUUACAAGCCAAUACAGUGAGCCAACAUCUUACAUGAAUAUAGCACAAAUGUUUCAACAGGCUACCAAUGAGAUGUAAAGCAGUUACAACAGCAGCAUGUUACAGUAACACCACAGAGCAUGGUAAUAAUGGUGGUAUCUGACUAUCAUCUCUACCACAAUGUUACUAAGCACACUGUUGUACAGUGUAGUGCACGGGAAGGCAUGCACUUUGUAUAUUGUUAUAUUUUACAUUGAUAAGUAGUGGUAACAACUAGGUUAGAAUAUUUAAAAUAACACGUUGAUGAGUAACAUGAUUCAAUUCUGAUCAAUUGAUUUCAUUAAUACAUUGAUAAAUUGAUUUGAUUGAUGAAUACAGUGAGGGGAAAAAAGUAUUUGAUCCCCUGCUGAUUUUGUACGUUUGCCCA